AUGGCGACUUUGUCUGUAAGCUUCGAUGCACAGCCACGGGGCAUGGAGGUGGUUUUCGAUGCAGCCAAGCAGCAGCAGAUGCUGUCCUUCAACCUUUCUGUGCAGAUGCCCUUGAUGGACCUCUACCAGGCCUUGCGGGCAAUGCCUCCUGAGGGUUUUGCACUCCCCGGGACAAGUGGGGCGCCGACACCAGGCUUGCCCUCUGAGUCGGCUGCCAGGCCUGAGGCGGUCUCCACCUGGCUCGAGCCAAGGAAGGUGCCGAUUUCUUCGAGCCAGGCACCUGCACUGCCGACUUCCCCCAAGGAGCCCAUGCUGCGAGCCUUGCGCCACGGCGACGUGGCGGCGGUGCGAAAGAUCUUGGAGAGCCGAAAGGGGGAGCUACAAGACUUGGUGCCAAGGGGCGCCGGAAGUUUACUCCAUGUGGCUUUGGAGUCGUCGAGCGUGCGUCUCGACUUGGUCAAGACGCUGCUGGAAGGAAGAUGCAGCCCAAAUGCCGUGAACGAGGAAGGGCGCACGCCUCUCCACUUGGCCGUCCUGCAGGUGGACUCCUUUUCACCGAUCGUUGCAAGAUUGCUGCUCCUAGCUCGCGCAGAGCCAGAGCAGCGAGAUCGGAAUGGGCUAAUGCCCGUGGACUGUUUGAAGAGCUGCGCGGGAAGUCAUGCCGUCAGUAGCAAUGUCAAGCAAAUCAUGUCCGAGAUGGUGGGUGCGCCGACUCUGCAGGUGGCAGUCUUCGAGAGAGAGCAGAUGCUUCGCGCCUGCUUCGCUGACCGGCGCUGCGAGGCAGUCGUCUUCCAGACGGACCAGGCCGUAGGCCUCUACGACAUCGGCACAGGUCGUGUACGGUAUCGCAGAGAGCUCUCAUCCGGAGGAAAACACUUCAUACGGAGCAUGGCGGUGAAUCCGUCGACGGGCGGCGUCGCACUGCUCUUGGAGGUCGGCACAGCCUCACGAGAUCUGGUGAUGUUUUGGCCUUCCGGGCAGCUCGACGAUGAAGAGCCCUUGAAGUGGACCGUCGAGGGCGACUCGAGUGGCGCCAGUACUUCGAGGUCAGCGCCGAGCAUUGCAUUGUCGCAGACCGACUACAGCGCCAAGUCGAAUCCAGUCAUUCUAUGUCGGACUUCUUCCGGAUCGAUCCUGGCUUGGCAGCUCCUACCCAUGGGCGCGCAGCUUUUGGGGGAGAAGACCCUGGUGGAGGGAAGAGGCGGCGCGCUGUCGCUGUCCUUCCACGGGGCCUGGGCGGCGCUACAGCCCUCUGAGGAGAAGCUACAGGUGUGGGCCUUCCAGGGCGGCAGCGCCGAGGCGGAGCCCUGGCAGGCAGACCUGGUGUGCACGGUCGAGCGAAACCUCUCGGCCUUUGCAGUGAUCGAGGAUACGUCGCCCAACUGCUGCCUCCUCGCUAUGACAGGACUCGAAAACUCACCGGCGCAAGUGUGGCGAGUGCAAAGGAAGGGGACGAGAGAACUGGUUCACCGUGUGAUGCCGGACUCGAGCAGCAACAUCCGGUAUCUGGGCUUCUGUGGGGAGGACUGCGACUCCCUGUUGGGAGUCCUGGAGGAUGGCCUCGUCAUGCUCUGUCACCUGCAGGGCGGUUCGCAAACAUGCAUCUUCGAUGAUGGCUCCCUACGCACCGUGGACAUCUCCAGGGACAGAAAACUGAUGGCUUGCAACGUUUGGAGCUGGUGGCCACGUGAGCUGGGCAGACAGCUUGGGGACAAAAAGCAGCGCUCACCGCAAUGCGAAGACGAUUUUGCCAUGGGUUUGUGGGAAUCUCAAGCUGUCUUUCUGGCGGUGACGCUGCUGAUCGAGGGGAUCCUUGCGACGCAUCUGCUCUAUUCUGCCGUGCAUCAGUGGGCGGCUGUCAAGCGGUGGAUGAUGUCUAGCAUGCAGUACCUGCAUCGGACCUUAUGGUCCCUACGAUGGCAUCGGGAAGAGCUGAAGUCGCAUCAGCGGUUGAUGCUGCAGGAGUUGGCCAGUGCUCGCUGGAGCAUCAGCCGGAAACUGGUCGCCAUCCAACUGGGCGUCGUACUCUUCGGCUUGAUCGGGAUACAGCUCCGCUUUGCUCUGCAGCUGCCUUCCUCUGUGUCCAUGAUGUUCAUCUGGACCAUGGUGGCUAACCUUGCUGGGAUCUCCAUCGGUUUUUGUUUGCCUCGUCUGCAGCGGAGCGACGCGUGGUACAUCUGGACCCAGGUGAUAUCAAUGCUAUACCUUUUGCCGGUGGUCACUUCACCUCAGGGCACUGCGAGGGUCUCGAUGAUUCUUUUUGCAUUGGUUCGACAGCCGAACACCCUAGUCGUGUCUCGCAUUUGGCCUGUUCUGCUCUGCGGCUUGGGACACAUUAUCAUCAUACUGGUCCGAGUGUCUACUGAGGACUUCGGCCAGGAGUAUGGCGGGGACUUUGCAGCGGUUAGCAUCGAGUGCCUCAACCUGGCGGUCCUCGCGGCCACGUCGGUGGCAUUCCGGGCCUACCUCAAGCAAAGGGUCGAGCUGGCAAUCGAGGGCAAAAACGCCAUGACACAGCUCAAUGCCGCAUCGUCCUUGCUGCAGCUGACCUGUGACGCCGUGGUUGAGUUGGACGCCAGCCUGUGUUUCACGAAAGACUCGCGUGAGCUCGCGGCGAUGUUGAUCAGACAGGGAUCGAUGGAGGGAGUUCCGUUCAUUGACCUGAUGCCUGAAACAGAGCGCGCGCAGGCCAUGUUGCAGCUGACCUCCUUCCGCAGUACGGCAAGCUCUGGCACGUCUGCUCAGAGUUCAUCUGGUCCGAUGAUGCGAGCACACGCUUUUCAUACCCGGAUGGUGGACAGCUGUUCCACAAAGCUGCGCACUGAAGUUCUCCAGGUUAUGUACACGAAGCGAGAUGGUGAGAUUUGCCACCUUGUCGGGUUGCGCGACUUCACGGACACGAAGCCGUACUCUGCAGCGAGCUCCUUGCAGCCCGAGGACUUUCUCGACUCUUGGGGGCCCCGAAGCCCCAGUAUCAGUGCCAGUGACGAUGAAGGGUUGGGAUUCCACCCACAUCUUCGGCAAACGCAGUUCCUGGACGUGGAUGUUGAGCGUCUCCAGAUCAACUCUGCUUCGGCACAGCUGGCCGAGCACACUGGAGCCUCAUUGAGCAGCGUUUUCCCAGCGCCUCAUACCAUUCAGCUGUUUGAGCGAAUGCACAGCGAAGGCCGAGUUUGCCUCGAACGAGGAGAGGCCUUGCCUUUGAAAGUCUUCUCCUACGAAGACAUGCCCGUCUGCCUGUCCCGUGACUGCUCUGAGAGCAUCUGCGGCACUAUGCAGUUAGUGCAGACGCAGACGGGCAUCAACAUCCUGCUGGCCUUUCAGCAACCGCAAUCAUGCGCGGGAAAGACGAGCCCAUUGAGCCCAAGAAGUCCCAAAAGCCCAAAGAACGUUUGGGAGCCGGCGCAUGGCCGAUCUCAUCGCAGGACGAACCGCAACAGUCAAACCUCUGGCCGCGUUGGUAUCGUCCUGAGUCUCCCUGAUAAGAGCCUUGUAGGUGGAAAGCGGCUGCAGUCACUGUAG